AUGUUGAUAUCAAUAGCUACUAUAUAUAUAUAUGUAUAUCGAGACCAAGCUCUUGUGAGCAAGACUGAUGAUGAGGAAGCAUCGGUAUCUCUUUGUCAAGUACAUUUUCAAUCGGAUGACUCUAAUGGAUUUGAAGAUCAAACACUUCUUACAGCAUUAGCUAUUCUUAAAAUGCAUGAUUUUCAAAUUGGUCAACCUGUAUGGGUACCAUCGAAUGCUCUUCUUUAUCUAUGUGAGCAUCGACUCAAAUCAGGUCUUAAACAAUCAGUAAUUGAUCAAGAAUUAAAAACAGCACUUAAAAAUAGUGGUACAUCAUCAAAACGUCUUGUUUGGUCAUGUGCUUGA